UGGGAGGUGGGCGGGCAGACGGGAGCCAGGAAGAUGGCGGCGCAGGCUGUUUCGCUCCUGCGGGAGGUGGCGCGGCUGGAGGCGCCGCUAGAGGAACUGCGUGCGCUGCAGUCCGUGGUACAGGCUGUGCCGCUCCACGAGCUUCGCGAGCAGGCGGCGGAGCUACGCCUUCGCCCGCUCUUCUCCUUGCUCAACCAGAACAAUCGGGAACAGACUGCUUUGUGUGUGUCCAUUCUGGAGAGGUUGCUCCAAGCUGUGGAGCCAAUUCACUUGGCCAGGAACCUCAGGCUUGACCUGCAGAGGGGACUGACUCACCCUGAUGACUCUGUAAAAACCCUCACUCUGUCCCAGAUUGGAAGAAUUGUUGAAAAUUCGGAAGCUGUUACUGAGAUUCUGAAUAAUGCUGAACUGUUGAAACAGAUUGUUUAUUGCAUUGGUGGAGAGAAUUUAUCUGUUGCUAAAGCGGCUAUUAAAUCCCUGUCAAGAAUAUCACUAACCCAAGCUGGACUGGAAGCUCUAUUUGAAAGUAAUUUACUGGAUGAUUUGAAAAAUGUCAUGAAAACAAACGACAUUGUUCGAUACAGGGUAUAUGAGCUAAUUAUAGAUAUUUCUUCUGUGUCGUCAGAAUCUUUAAACUACUGUACCACAAGUGGACUGGUGACCCAGCUCCUAAGAGAGCUGACGGGUGAGGAUGUUUUAGUCAGAGCCACCUGUAUAGAAAUGGUGACGUCACUAGCAUAUACCCAUCAUGGACGACAAUACCUUGCUCAAGAAGGAGUCAUUGACCAGAUAUCCAAUAUAAUUGUUGGCGCAGAUUCAGACCCCUUCUCUGGCUUCUAUCUGCCAGGAUUUGUGAAGUUUUUUGGAAACCUGGCCGUCAUGGAUAGUCCUCAGCAGAUCUGUGAGCGCUACCCUGUUUUUCUGGAGAAAGUCUUUGAAAUGGCAGAUAGUCAAGACCCCACUAUGAUUGGUGUAGCUGUAGACACAGUUGGAAUCCUGGGAUCCAGUGUGGAAGGAAAACAAGUUUUACAGAAGACAGGAACCCGCUUUGAACGCGUCCUCACGAGAAUGGGAUAUCAAGCAAAGAAUGCUUCCACAGAGCUGAAAAUUAGGUGCUUGGAUGCAGUUUCCUCUCUUCUGUAUUUAUCACCUGAGCAGCAGACUGAUGACUUCCUGGGAAUGACAGAAUCCUGGUUUUCCUCCAUGUCUCGAGACUCCCUGGAGCUCUUCCGUGGUAUCAGUAACCAGCCCUUCCCGGAACUACACUGUGCUGCCUUAAAAGUGUUCACAGCUAUUGCAAACCAGCCCUGGGCUCAGAGACUUAUGUUUAACAGUCCAGGUUUUGUAGAAUUUGUGAUGGACCGGUCUGUGGAACAUGACAAAGCUUCAAAGGAUGCCAAAUAUGAACUGGUAAAAGCACUCGCCAGUUCCAAGACAGUUGCAGAGAUCUUUGGGAACUCAAAUUAUUUGAGGCUCAGAGCGUACCUAAGUGAAGGUCCGUACUAUGUGAAACCUGUCGCCACAACAGCAGUAGAAGGAGCUGACUGAUUCCUUUCUGUUUAAGACAGAGCAGAAUUUCUUAAGGCACAUGAUUCCAUCCAUGCUCCACACCGCAGGACGUCUGUCUUCCCAGAGCUUCACCAUCAGCAGUGUUGUCCCUAAUUAAUGCUGUGUGGAUCCGGCUCUUAGACCCCAGCAAGAGCAUCAGGAGCCUAAGAGCGCUCUUGCUUCCCCAAGUCCUCUGGCUGCCAGAGUCUUGCUGCAAGGUCAAGGUUUGUUUUCUCAAAGUUUCCAUGGGCACACUCAUGACUUACUUAAAAAUAAAAUGAAGCCAAAGUGAUUCUGGAUUCUCUUAACCACAUUUUCUUUUCCCUUACCUGAUUUUGCCUCAAAGUCUUGGGUAUCUUGAGUAGUCUGUAAAAAAUAAGUCAUUUAGAAUCAUUGAAUUACAUUAUUUGUAUACAAGGAAUAAAUAGUUUUAAUAAUAUUUCUUGUUUACUUUUCCUUUGAAAAUAAAAUAAAUCUAAAACUUUGGCGUUGCUA